AUGCUAAAAUAUUCCUUAUAUGAGCCUGAAAAACCUGGUAUUGUCGUUAAAUACCCUCUAAAUGUUUCGAAAAGGGGUCCUGCCUAUACUUUUGAUUACCCAUGUGUUAAUUCCUCAAAUUGUACCGAUUAUGUCAUUGACCUCCCUAAAGGAUUAUAUAAAUUCGAGCUAUAUGGUGCCUCAGGCGGGAGCGCGACAGGCAAAGUCUCUACAUUUCACUACGAGAAUGGCGUCUGCCUUUCCCAAGAUUUUGUUGACCACUUCAACGGAAAUACAAAGUGCCUUGAUUCAUUCGAUGCCGGCGGUGCUGGCGGCUACGUUAGCGGGAUAGUUAGUAUCCGUAAACCCAUCCAAAUCUACGCCACUAUCGGUGGUAUGGGAAGUUAUUUCACAAGCUCCUGUAUGCGCCAAAUUGAGUGUUUUCAACCCGGAACGAUGGUUCCUGGCGGCUAUGGCGGCGGUGGAAGCUCUUCUGCGUUUCCAUCUGGUACAGCUAGUGGCGGUGGAGCAACAUCUGUGAAGUUUUUGAAAAACACAUUAUUUCAUCGCGUGAUAGUCAGCGGCGCUGGUGGUGGAUCUGAUGAUACAGGAGGAAAUGAUGGUCGGGGUGGCUCAGGUGGUGGUCUUGUUGCCCAAGGAUGGUGGGAUAAUCGUAACUACGUCAGAAAUUAUAUUGCAAAUUCGAGUUUUGGAUUUACUUUCGGAAGCGGAGAAGCAGCACAAUUUCAAAUUUCUAUGCAUCCUAAUGGUGUUAAACAACAGAGCUCUAUUGACGAUAAAUGUGGAGCCGGAGCCGGCUGGUUCGGCGGGUUUGCAAGUAAUCAAUAUAAUUCAGGUUGUGGAGGCGGCAGUUCUUGGGUUUUAACUAAAGAUGCCGUUAUUCCUGAUAUAUUGAUCCACUACCAUGAUGAGUUUUAUAAUGAACUUGGCUCUGAUACAUAUAAGUUUGAUAAUAAUUCAGAAUAUUUGUUUACUGAUGUUCAUCACGUUCCAGGUAUCUGGCAAGGCAAUGGUCGAUUGGUUAUUACUACACUUACCUUUUCUGACAUUCCUUCAUGCUUUGAAAGAUAUCAGACAUCAUUUAGUAUUCUUUUUUAUAUACUUUUUUGUACUAAUAAGUAA